AUGGAAUCCGAGGAUUUGGUGAAACGGGAAUUGGAGGAAUUGCAGAAACAAUUGGGGAAGAAGCAGAAGUUUGAAGCCUCUGUUUCGUCCCUCAAAUCCCUUCUCCAAUGCUCAUAUCCUUCAGCUUCUCCAUCGCUUCGCAAAUCCUUUUAUUCAGUUAUAUGCCGAGUUGCCACUGUGUUGAAGACCAGAUAUACAGCACCAGGUUUCUGGAAUGCUGGAUUGGGUCUUUUUGAGCUGGCUCAUUUGCUUUAUUCUGAACCUUCUGAGAGGGAACACUUGAAGGCUUGCAUUUCUCAGGCCAAGGAACAUUUGCAUCUGGAAGACAACCCAUCACUACAAGCUUCACAACUUGCAGAUGAUCAGGCACACAGAGGAUAUCUUUUUGAGGGGCACCUUACAGUUGAUCCUGAACCACCACAACCUCAAUGGUUGGUGCAGUCAAACCUUUUGACAACAGCUGCUACACUCUUUGCUGCUGAAUCCUCUCAAGCUUCUGCAGCAAAUGAAACCACCCCAGAGGAUGCCGCAAAUAUGCUUCAAGAUCUUAUAAAUAGUUUGGAAGAAGUUGUGCCCUUGAUGGUGGAUGAAGGUACUGUAGCUCCAAGAGCCCCUCCUGCCAGUAAAGAGGUUGUGGCAAAACUUCCAGUCAUUACUCUCACAGAGGAAAUUCUGGCUACUUUGGGGAAAGAUGCAGAGUGUGCCAUUUGCAGGGAGAACUUGGUUUUGAAUGACAAAAUGCAAGAGUUGCCAUGCAAACACACAUUCCACCCACCAUGUUUAAAGCCAUGGCUGGAUGAGCACAAUUCCUGUCCCAUCUGUCGUUAUGAGCUGCGAACUGAUGAUCAUGCCUAUGAGAGCUGGAAGGAGCGAGAAAAGGAAGCUGAAGAGGAGAGGAAAGGUGCUGAAAAUGCAAUUCGAGGUGGUGAAUAUAUGUAUGUUUAA